AUGGGUGAGUCACGUGGCUUUCCAGGUAUGUUGGGUUCCAUUGAUUGUAUGCACUGGGAAUGGAAAAAUUGUCCUGUUGCUUGGAAAGGACAAUUUUGUCGAGGUGAUCAUGGUAAACCCACAAUCAUGCUUGAGGCUGUGGCAUCUCAAGACUUAUGGAUUUGGCAUGCGUUUUUUGGUAUUGCAGGUUCUAACAAUGACAUUAAUGUGCUAAACCAAUCUAACGUAUUUAACGAUAUUUUGGAAGGACAUGCUCCCACUGUGCAAUAUACAAUCAAUGGAACACCAUAUAAUAUGGGGUAUUAUUUAGCGGAUGGUAUAUAUCCUGAGUGGGCUACAUUUGUCAAGACCAUUUCAAUGCCGCAGGGAGAAAAGAGAAAAUUAUUUGCUCAACAUCAAGAAUCAGCUAGAAAAGACGUGGAGCGGGCAUUUGGAGUGCUCCAGUCUCGAUUUGCAAUUAUACGUGGUCCAGCGCGUGCUUGGCACAUGGAAACCCUCAAGCAUACAAUAUAUGCUUGCAUCAUAUUACACAACAUGAUUGUUGAAGACGAACGACACACAUAUGAAGGUCAUUUUGAUUACUCUUAUGAUAAUGUAGAUGACAACAACUCAACAACUGAAACAUUUAACGGUCCCCAUCCGAAUCUUGCAACAAGGCUACAAAGAAGAGCAAAUAUUCGUGAAAAGCAGGUUCAUCGCCAACUUCAAGGAGAUCUGGUCGAGCAUAUUUGGGAACGUUUUGGACACGAGGAAGAUGAAACUUAA